GUGACUUAUUCUGCACGCUCACCUUCGUGAGCCAAGGAAUCAAUCCUCCCCCUUGGCCGCUGCAUUGUGGGAGAGGCCGGGCGCCGGGCCGCACGUUGCAGCGCCAUGGCGGCUGGAGGCAGGAGAAAACUGGCGGAGCUGAGUGUUGAUGAAUUUUUAACUUCCGGAUUUGAGUCAGAAGUUGAUGGUGACUCAGAGGAGGAGACAUCAGAGCUUGUGGAAGAGCCUGCUAACGGGAAACAAAGCCAGACUGGGCAGGCAGGAGGAAAGAAGAAGCCACUCAAAGUUAAAACUGCAGAAAAGAAAGUGAAGAAAGGAAAGGCAACCGAGCACAAAGACCAACUCUCACGGCUGAAGGAACGAGAUCCUGAAUUUUACAAGUUCUUGCAAGAAAACGACCGUUCCCUGCUGAACUUUGAUGACUCGGAUGGCUCUGAUGAGGAGGAGAAGGGUCUGCACACUCUGCCUGAAAUGCUGGAGGAAGCAAGUGACGAUGAGGAGGAGGAGGAGGAGGAAACGGUCAAGCGGAAGAAAGCUGAUUUUAUCACCGUGACCUUGAAGAUGGUGGAACACUGGAAACAGGCUGCAGAGAAGCACCUAACACCCAGACUGUUCCAUGAGAUCACUCAGGCCUUUAAAGCAUCUGUGGCAACUACCAAAGGAGAAGACGGUGGGGCCGAUCCCAGCAAAUUCAAAGUCACUGACAGUGCCGUGUUCAAUGCCCUGGUGUCCUUCUGCAUUCGGGAUCUCUUUGGCUGCCUGCAGAAACUGCUUCAGGUGAAGGUGCUGAAAGACAAAUCAAAGAUGGUGCUGCCCUCUGCCAGCCCACUCUGGGGCAAGAUGAAGCUGGACGUCAAGAUGUACCUGAGCUGCACCAUCCAGCUCCUGUCUUGUUUAACGGAAGCGUCUGUCGGAGCUGCUGUGCUUCACCACGUCAAUGCCAUAGUGCCUUAUUUCUUGUCGUUCCCAAAGCAGGGUCGCAUGCUGCUCAAGCAAGCCAUCCGUCUGUGGAGCACGGGCGAAGAGACGGUGAGAGUGCUGGCCUUCCUGGUACUGAACAAGAUCUGCCGCCAUAAAAAGGAGCUGUACCUGAACCCCGUGCUCAAGCAAAUGUACAUCUCCUACGUGAAGAACUCCAGGUUCACCUCCCCCAACGUCCUCCCUUUGAUCAACUUCAUGCAGCGCACCCUGACGGAGAUGUAUGCCCUGGACACGCAGGUGUCUUACCAGCACGCCUUCAUCUACAUUCGCCAGCUCGCCAUUCACCUGCGCAGCGCCAUGACCCUGAAGAAGAAGGAGAACUACCAGUCUGUUUACAACUGGCAGUACAUCCACUGCCUGUACUUGUGGUGUCGGGUCCUGAGUACCAUCUACCCCAGCGAGAUCAUGGAGCCGUUAAUUUACCCUCUGACCCAGGUCAUCAUUGGCUGCAUUAAGUUGGUGCCCACGGCUCGUUUCUACCCCCUGAGGAUGCACUGCGUCAGGGCCCUCACGCUGCUCUCUGAGAACACCCGGACCUUCAUCCCGGUUCUUCCCUUCAUCCUGGAGAUUUUCCAGCAAGUGGAUUUCAAUAAGAAGCCAGGCCGCAUGAGCGCCAAGCCCAUUAACUUCGCUGUCGUCUUGAAGCUGUCCAAUGCUAACCUGCAGGAGAAGGCUUUCCGGGAUGGCCUCAUUGAGCAGCUGUAUGACCUGAUACUCGAAUAUCUCCACGGCCAAGCCCACAGCAUCGGAUUCCCAGAGCUGACCCUGCCAAUUAUCAUUCAACUCAAAUCUUUCCUGAAGGAAUGCAAGAUCGCCAACUACUGCAAAGCGAUCCGGCCGCUCCUGGAGAAGUUGCAGGAAAAUUCUGCCUACGUCGCCAGUAGGCGUCAGAAAGCCACCUUCGGCGUGGCCAGCAGGGAGGCUGUGGAACAAUGGGAGAAGCAGGUCAAGGAAGAGGGGACACCUCUGACCAAGUAUUACGCUCAGUGGAAGAAGCUGCGGGAGAAAGAGAUCCAGCUGGAAAUCAGCGGCAAGGAAAGGCUCGACGAUUUGAACCUCCCAGAAAUCAAACGGAAGCGGCUGGAGGACAGGAAGGAGGAUGACAAGAAAGAAUUCAAGGACCUCUUUGAGCUGGACAGUGACUCCGACGGGGAGAGCGGUGGAUUCUCCGUGCAAGGAAAAUCAAAGGCCAAGAAAGCGCAGGGAUCUGCGGGGAGCCCGGCCAGUGCUUCGGACGUGAGCAGCGAGGAGGACGAGGAAGAGGAAGCCAGUGACUCGGACGGGGGAGCUGAGGAGGGGCCCUCCACCUUGGAGGGGACCCUGAAGCAGCUGGCCUCUGCCAGGCGGCUGACCUCUGCCGACCUCAAGCUGCUGGCCCAAGGGGAGGAGGACAUCGUGGAGGACCUUGAUGACGAUUACUUUGACGACCUAGCCGGUGACUGAAGCCUCCGCAAGUGUUCUGGGCUCGCUCCCUCUGCACCUAGGAGGGCGAGCUGGUGCCCUCGCUGACAAUCAAAGCUGGUCGUGAUGGGAACUAGGCUGAGGGGAAGGUAGGAGCAGCAUGGGCUGGGCAGCCCUAGCAGGACAGAAUUUCUCACUGAUGCAGCAGAGACGCUGCCUGGACCUUUUCCACCGGCGUCACGUUAGUGGGAAUACAGUGAAAUGUGUGGUCACAUCAGGACCAGUGACACUGCUCUGCAAAGGUAAUAAAAAGCCCUCAUUAAACUCCAGUGCCUUAAAUAAUGCAGGGUUCAGCUCCAGCCUGCUGGAGCCCAAAGAAACCAGUCCCUGGAGGGACAGGCUCCUCUGCCCACGUGGUCACUCGCCCACGGGCUGGGCACACUGCCAAGCUGGUCACAGGGUGCCUGUCAUGCGUGUCUUCGUAGCGUCCCGGUCCCUGGAAACUUUUUUCCCACUGUCAUUAAAAGCAGCUCAGAGCCGUGUCCACUGUGGGGGUGAAUAGGGAUGGUCACGCCGACUUGGCAGACAAAGGGCUUGCACCGGUCGCCGGGUCAGUUUGCCCGGGGGGGACGCGUCCACCAAGGGGAGGCUGCUUUGCCCCCGAGCUCCCUUCCUUGUCUGCAUCCAGAAGUGCUGCUGUGUAGGCACCACCGAAAACAGGCUGGCACCAGUAGUGCAGCUCGUGUGCUGCUCACCUGGGUGACGAGAGGGUUUUUCAUAUUUUCUCUCUAGCACAAGGUCUCAGUGAGCAAACUGGGCUGGCGCGCACAUCAGCCACCUUGCUGUUAACCAUUCCAGUUCCAGGCUCUCGGGUGCAUCCUUCAGCUCCCCCCGCGGUUAAUGACCUCGGGGGAAUCCUUCCAUGGGGCUCAGGCUCAGCGGGGGGCAGGACUUUAGCCCGCGGAGGAGAUGCCAGCUUGAAUCCCAGACCCCAUGUUUAGUUUGCAGGGCUGGCAAGCGGGCAGAUUUGAUAGGAAAAUGUGUUGCAAUGCUAAGUGUGACGCCAGGACAUGGCAUUUCCAAUACUACCUUAGCAGGGGCAGGGCACCGGCUGCUUCCAUGGCGUUCAGGGGUGUUUGUGGGUGCACAGGGUUGGUGAAAAUGAGGCCCCUGCUGCUCUGUGCACCCUCAGGAGUGCUUGUCACGCAGCAGCCACCUAGUGCGAGGGGCCCAGUGACGGUACGUUCCUAUUGUACAUCUCUGAGGCGCUCCAUGCAAACUCUUCCACAGCAAGGCUGACACGCACCUCAGGCAGGGCUAGAAACCAGCUCUUGUGGGUCCCUGUGCUCCAGCCAUUGCAUGGUGCUGCUGACUGUGAGCAUCACCAGGGAGUCAGGUUGAGAAAUGGAAGGAAGCGAUUCUAAGGUUGCUUCCCUGGGGGCAGGGUUUAGGUUGGGAACAGCUGAUGAGAUUGAGUGAGUUGUGGUGAAAAACUAGUGGGAGAAAUGGACGUCAUUUUUCCCUCCACGUUCAUGCAAGCCCAGCAUAAAGGCCAGCGGGUUGGGGGUUUUCACAUGCUCAUUUUUCCAGCUGCAUAAAAGUUAAAAUGAAAAAAUGUGGGGAAAGUGGGGACAGCCUCCCCUCUCCAGGUGCCAUUGGAUUGUACUGAGAGGAUAAAAACCCAGCCGUGCUGGUCUGUCAACAUUUAAAAAGACAGUCGUGCAUAACUUGAUUUUUGGCUGAGAAAUGUCAACAGUCCCCCUGUUUUUUUUUUGUUUUUUUUUUUUUAAACUAAAUCCUAUUUUUGGCAAGAAACUUUUACUGUAAUACAUUGACUAGCUCCUACACCUAUUCACCUGCUGCCUGGCCAGAACCAGAGCCUUGUACCCUUGCUAUUGGGUGUGCUCCCUCCCAUCCCUCCUCUGUGCCAAAGUCUUUCUUGCAGCAGCUGGGGCUGGUGAAGCAACACGUGCCCUAGCUCCCAGGAACAUGGCCCUAGCGUGAA